CAACAAGCGGUCACGUGUUUUAAUGCGGAAGUUCCAGUGGUGUGUUCUUCGCACAAAUCAAGAUGGCAGCGCACCCGGGAGGAGGCGGACAGGGCGACUCCAAGGAGCAGAUCCUGGAAUUGGGAGCCGUCUUGUUAAAGGAUUUCAUUUACGAGCGAGUCCGUCGGCACGGGGACAACAGCGCCGUGGUGACCCGGGACCAGCUGGGCGGAGGCGAGCUAUGCGACGCCAACCAAAAGAGGCUGGCCCAGUGCCUGCAGAAGAUCGGAGACGACCUGGACGGCAACGUGGAGCUGCAAAGGAUGAUCAACUGCCCCUUGCUGCAACCCACUAAGGAGGUGUUUGUGAAGGUGGCCGUUGAUAUCUUCUCCGACGGAAGGUUCAGCUGGGGCCGAGUGGUCACACUCUUCUACUUUGCCUGUCGACUCGUCAUCAAAGCGCUGCUGAAUAAUAUUCCUGACAUCAUCAGAACCAUCAUCACUUGGACCAUCGACUACCUCCGCGAGCACGUUCUCAACUGGAUCAGGGAGCAGGGAGGCUGGGAGGGUAUUCGCUCUUACUUUGGUACUCCAACAUGGCAAAUGGUGGGUGUGUUCUUGGCGGGGGUCAUCACCACUAUUCUUGUGACUCGUAAAAUGUGAGGAGCCCACUCGCAAGGGGGAAGGAGGUCGAGGAGAACAAAAAACUUGCAUGAGGACUUUGAUGAACUUGAGAGAUUUUUGUAAGGACCGUGGCGCUGUUGUAGCCUCCCCCUAGUGCCAUUUGAGCUGUAUGCACUAAAGGUUGGGGGGGGGGGGGCGCACACACUCCUGAGAGAGGGAAUGCAUUUUAAGUAAUUUAUUUUUUACCUUUUUGGUACAGAAAAAAAAAAAAAGUCACUGUAUUUUUGUUUUCUGUUGUCAUUUGGAGGAUGUUUUCCCCACCUUCAUUUCAUUCAGAAUGCAUCUUCCUCCUAUUUGUCAAAGUGCAAUCAACAUGUUCUAGUAUUUGCUUCUUCCUUCAACUAUCCUUAUUCUUCAGGAAGAUUUAAAAAUGUGGAAACUGUUUUCUGUCCUCCUGUAUCCAAAGCAAUAUGUGGACAAAUCACAUGGUUAACAGAGCCUUUCUGUUGUCCUCUAAAAUUGAGUCUGAUUUAUGUAAUGUUUAAUAACACUUGACCAGCAUUUGUAAUAAAGUGUGUGUUUGUUUGUCUGUGUGUGUGGUCACAACACAUGCACAUGCAGAAAGGUUGGGCGUACCUUACGUUUAAAAAGUACAGUACUGUAUUAUUUGUACAAGUCAUUUAAAAUUCAAUUUUCUCUACACAGCAAAAAAAAAAAAAAACUUUUAUACAUUUGUUUGUCAGUGCCUUGGUCUUGUUUUGUUUUUACACUGAAAUUUUCACCUUUUUCUAUCACAUUUCUAAAAGUUUCAACUUUCAAGUCAUCCCCUGAGGGGGGAGGGGGACAAUCACUUUGAAGUGAGUUUGUAUGUUGUAAUAUGGCUAUUAAACAUUUAACUCUU